CCAUGUGGCAGGUCAGUGCCCGCUGCGUGUGCCGGGCCAGCUCCCGCGCCUGCCAGAGGCGGCUGCCCUGGCCCGGCCCCGCGCCUGCAGCCCCACGGAGCCGCAGCCCCGCGUGGAGCCCCGGGACAGCCCCCGCCCACGGACUCUCCUCCAUGGCCCCCUCCAUCCGCCUGUCGCCCGCCGCCCGCAGCCUCUUCGAUGAGCCGCUGGCCAUCGCUGUGCAGGGGCUCGGCCCGCGGCAGCAGGUCACGCUGCGAACGUCCUUGCGGGACGAGACGGGACAGCUCUUCCAGGCCAGUGCCCGCUACCAGGCGGGGGACGACGGGGAGCUGGACCUCGCCCGCUGUCCUGCGCUGCCGGGAGGCAGCUUCUCCGGCCUGGAGCCCAUGGGGCUGCUCUGGGCUUUGCAGCCCCAGAAGCCUUUCUGGUAUAUGGUGAAGCAGGAUGUGCAGAGCCCCUUCCUCCUGCAGCUGGAGGUGUUUGAAGGCCACGGGGAGCUCCCCGGGCGGCUCCUGGCCCAGGCACAGCACGAGCGGGUGUUCCUGCGGGACGGGGUGCGGAGAGUCCCGGUGCGACAGGGAAGGAUCCGGGCGACGCUUUUCCUGCCUCCCGGAGAAGACACCGUUCCAGGAAUCAUUGAUAUACAUGGACUUGGAGGAGGUCUUUUUGAGCACAGAGCAAGCCUGCUGGCCAAUCAUGGCUUUGCCACACUGGCCCUGGCUUAUUAUCAAUUUGAGGAUCUGCCCCAGAAACCAAAUACACUCCAACUGGAAUAUUUUGAAGAGGCAGUGAACUAUAUGCUGCAGCACCCACAGGUGAAGGGUCCAGGGGUUGGCCUGCUCGGUUUCUCCAAAGGGGGUGAAGUGUCCCUUGCCAUGGCUGCCUUCCUGAAGAACAUCAUGGCUGUUGUUUCCCUCAAUGGCCCUGUUGCUGCUACAUGUAUUCCUCUCUGUUACAAGGAUAAAACAAUCCCCACUUUGACCUUAUAUGAGCACAAAGCUAAGGCCACCAAUUCCAAAAUUCUUGAUUAUUCUGAUGUCCUUGAUGAUCCCUUUCAAGCUUCUGGCAACCAAAGCCUGAUCCCACUGGAGAAAGCUGAGGCACAGUUCCUAUUCAUUGUGGGACAAGAUGACCACGUAGUCAAAAGUGAGUAUUAUGCUACUGAAGUCUGCAAGCUUCUGCAGGCUCAAGGGAAGGAAAAUUUUCAGAUUCUCUCCUACCCUGGAACAGGGCACUGCAUAGACCCUCCCUUUUUCCCUCUGUACCCCAUAGGAAGCCACCCCGUUUUUCACAAGCGGGCAGUCCUGGGUGGGGAGCUCAGGGCUUAUUCUAAAGCUCAGGUUCAUGCUUGGUCACAGAUCCAGGCUUUUUUCAAAAAGUAUUUAAUUGUCAAAUAA